UAUCAAUUUUAAAAGAAAAAAAUUAAAAUUGAAGAAAUACUAUUCAACAAAAGGAAUAAUUAAAUGAAACUCUAAUCAUAAUUUGGGAAAUGCAUGCAAAGUGGAGUAUAUAAGUAAAAUAUUGUGUGCUAAACUAAACUACAUACAAAAAAUUUAAUUCAAUUAUUAUUUCGAGAAGAAGCAAAAGAAAAUGAAGGAAAAGCUGAUGAAGUGUAACAAACACUACCGUUCCUUUUUUGGUCAUAAAUUGGCUCCCCCCAUAAUACAAACCAAACGCCUCGCCGGAGUCGCCGCCGGGGCCGCGGCGGCCCUCCUCCUACUCCUCUACAUCAUCGCCACCAAAGACGCCACCCGACCGCCGCUUGCAAACAUGAAGAGCACUGACGGAGAUGAUGUCGCCUUCGAAUUCCCGCUAGACUGCGCCGCAUGGAACAAGACAAACACGUGCCCGAGGAACUACCCGACGUCAUCGCCGCCGGCAAACCUUAGUCCCGCCGCCGGCGUGCCGGGGAUGUGCCCGGAGUACUUCCGGUGGAUCCAUGAGGACCUGAAGCCGUGGAAGGAGACGGGGAUCACGAGGGAGAUGGUGGAGAAAGGCCGCCGGAGCGCGCACUUCCGGCUGGUGGUUUCCGGCGGCCGGAUGUAUGUGGAGAAGUACCGGAAAAGUAUUCAGAGCAGAGCUCUGUUUAGCAUGUGGGGGAUGGUCCAGUUGCUCCGAUGGUACCCGGGGAAGUUGCCAGACUUGGAGCUCAUGUUUGACUGCGAUGACCGGCCGGUUGUUCGGGCAAAAGAUUUCCGGAAUCCCAACUCCGGCCCGCCGCCGGUUUUCCGGUACUGUUCCGACGAACGGAGCUUGGACAUUGUGUUCCCGGACUGGUCAUUUUGGGGCUGGGCGGAGACAAAUAUAAGGCCAUGGAGAAGUGUGAUGAAGGACAUAAAAGAAGGGAACAAGAGAAAGAAAUGGAAGGACAGGGUGCCCUUAGCCUAUUGGAAGGGCAACCCAAAGGUGACACCUUCUAGGACUGACCUUAUGAAAUGUAAUCUCACUCGACGCCAUAAUUUCAACACUCUUCUCUAUGUUCAGGCACAAGCAAUAGGGGAAGCAGGGAGCAAGUUCAUCCAAGAAGACAUGAAGAUGGAAAAGAUAUACGACUUCAUGUACCACUUGUUGAAUGAGUACGCAAAGACGUUGAGAUUCAAACCUGAAAUACCUCCAAACGCAGUGGAGCUUUGUGCGGAAGCCCUUGCUUGUCCCAUAAAUGGCAUGUGGAGGAAGUUCAUGGACGAGUCUUUGGAGAAAUCUCCAAGCUACACUCAUCUUCGUCGUCAUCAUCCAUGCACUUUACCUCCCCCUUAUGAUCCUCAAGAGCUUGAAGCUUUUUUGGGUGAAAAAAUGGAGGCAACCAAGCAAGUGGAGACGCGGGAGAAAGACCUCAUUGACGCUUCUUUUCCUAUAGCAAAUUUGUCUCCAAUGAAAGGUGAUACAUUUGUCCAGAAAAUAGACGAAGCAAUCGUACUCCCGACUCCUAUUGCAGAGGAUGCAGUUGGGUUUGAGGGACUACGCGUUGCACCAUACGUCGAGGAUAUCGUGGAUAGUGGGUAUGACGCCAUACAUGAAAAUGAGGGUGCUAGAGCUAGUGAUGAUGAGUCAUUCUACAAACACGAUCCUACAUCUGAUGGAUUUUAUGCACCAAUCAAUACCUUGAUGGUCAAAAGCCUUGACCUAAUUCCCCUCUUUUCCUUCCCUCCCCACCUCUCAACUAUCAAAUGUGCCGAUGUUUGUGGUUCCGCUGCGGUUUCAGGCGGAUCCGACGACACCAUUAAGAUCUAUGACCCCUCUCUACCUGCUCUGAGAUUGGAUCCCUCCACCAUUAACUCCCUUGCAUUUGUUACACCCCCUCCUCUCUCAUUCCCUCGCAAUCUCAUCUCCGCGGCAGAUGACGGUACUGUCUCCAUUUAUGACGCUGAUCCCUUUGUUCACCUUAAAACUCUCAAAGUCCACAGGAAAGGUAUCAAUUCCAUUUCUAUCCACCCUUCAGGUCGGUUAGGGUUGUCAGUGGGCCGAGAUGAGUGCUUGGCAAUGAUUAAUUUGGUGAGAGGGAGGAGGAGUUUCUACUGCAGGUUGGGCAAAGAGGCCUCAAUCGUGAAAUUUAGUGAAACUGGAGAAACAUUCUACAUGGUUAUGGAUAAAAAAGUCUCAGUACAUGAAUCUGGGGAUGCUAGAAUAGCCAUGGAGUUUGAUAAUGCCAAACAAGUUCUCUGUGCUACCCCAGGAAAGGGUGGCAUACUAUUUACUGGUGGGGAGGACCAGAACAUUACUGCAUGGGACACAAAAAGUGGAAAGGUUGCAUACAGCAUCAUCAAGGCACAUUCAGCCCGAAUUAAAGGCAUUGUUGUGCUCUCCCACAAUGACAAUUCCUCUGUUGAGGUCGAUCCGUAUUUAGUAGCAUCUGCUUCAUCGGAUGGCAACAUACGUGUUUGGGAUAUUCGCAAUGCAAGCAAGGAGGAAUCGGGUCCAUUGGCCGAGGCCAAUACGAAAUCCAGACUGACUUGUCUUGCUGGAUCGUCCAUCAAAUUAUGCAUGUAUGAAGGGGCUGUGAUGAUUUCUGUAUCAUGGUGGUGCAUUGGUGCAAAGUGCAAUGGCACGUAUUGCAUCCGUGGUAGCUUUCACUCCACAUUGCUCUAGGUGGAAACAAAGAUGUGAGCCUCCACAGAAGAGUUGCUUUCCUUAUUCAUUUGCAGAUUCAAGAAGGGUGAAAGCUUUGGCUCGAGCAGACGACAUGAAACAAAGAAGCCCGAAGUGUGACAACAACAUGAAGCUGAGAAGAAGCCUGUAGUUGCCACAUAAAUCAACCUCAAAGGAAACCCUCCCAAUUUCUCAUUUAUGUUUUGACUAUAUCUAUUUACUUAUAAAAUUCCCGAAAUCGU